GAAGAUAAGGGAUAUGCAAGUUAACAUCGUUCCCGUCGGUGUUGGAGAUUACGCCAAAUUAUCAGAAUUAAAAGUAAUCGCAACUAAUGAUGGCACAGCACGUCGCUUUGGAGAAUACGAGUCACCUGAAACGUUGGGAACAGCUGUCAUACAAGUUAUCGAAGGAAAGGACAUAUAUGAGAAAUACAAGGAUUACUUUACGACUCCUUAUUUCAUCUUUUUUCGCGACAUGCUGAGCUAUCUUACCCUCGUUGGUCUUCACUUCGCCAUUUGCCUAAGCCCUUCAACAGUUUCCUUCAGUCGACUAGAAUGGGCUAUCUUAGUUUUCUUCCUGGGACGCAUUUUCAUGGAGGUGGAUCAGUUUAUUAGCGCUAAAAAGGCCGGAGUAAAAGCACGCAAAAUGUUGAAUAAAGAGAGUGAUGAACCCAACAACGAAGGAUCAGAAGAAAAUGAGACGAGCAAUGACAAUAUCUGGCCAGAGAAGUUUACCAGAUACUUUAGGGCAUACAUCUACGUGACCAGUGACCCAUCAGUUUUCAGUGACGGAUUUACUAUGGCUGAAGAGUACAAACUUUCACUCCAAACUCUCUAUCUAACCAUAAACUAUAUUGACCGAUUCCUAUCAGUCAUGUCUGUUUUACGGGGUAAGCUGCAACUUGUGAGAACUGCUUGCAUGCUGAUAGCAGCCAAGUUUGAGGAAAUUUAUCCUCCAGAUAUUUCAGAUUUUGUAUACAUCACAGAUGACACUUAUACUGCAAAGCAGGUUCUUAAAAUGGAGUCACUUAUUCUGAAGACUUUGGGAUUCGAAGUUUGUUCACCAACAAUACUAAAUUUCCUUGAAAGAUUUUUGAAGGCCACAGAAUGUCCUGAAGCAGAUAAAUCCAAAGUUGAAUCAUUAACAAAGGUGUGUUAA